AUGCAAAUCAGUUAUCACAUUGUUCAGCAACAUCGCCAAGCUUUAAACUUUGGCAAAGUGUUUCUAAUGAAAUUGAAUGCAAAUGUCGCAACCCUUUUCGACAUCAAGACCAAGAAUGUUACAAGUAACAAGAGUGUGGAGCAUAGAGUGAUAGUGAACUCGGAGAAAGAUAGAGUUUCACUUGCUUUCUUCUACAAUCCUAAAAGUGAUAUUCCGAUCCAACCAUUACAAGAACUUUUGUAUCCACUCAUAAUCCUCCUUUAUACCCUCCCAUGA